GUUUAAAAACACGCGGGCAGUGUUUGAUUUUUUGGGCUGGAGCAAAGAAACAAACGUGAGAAAGAAUUCUUAAUUCAAUUUUAGAUUUUGUUUCUCACUGUCCGCGGGAUAGAAAAGAUAUAUUAAAUAUGGAUGAGACCCUUACGCCUGCAAAUCAAAUCGAAACAAUCGACGAAGUCGUAAGAAUUGGUGAGGCUCAGGGUCAACCGGAAGGCAAGGCGCGGCUUGGCUUUUUCCACACAAAUGCCAAACAAAAUGCAGAUAAUGUCUUUGUCCUGGUUGUCCACUACGACUUUGCAAAGGAAAAACAGUGGAUUCGAGCGGGUGAUGCAGAGGACGUGGAAAAACUGAGGAAAACCUUCAAAGAGAACAGAAAUUGCAAUUUCCGAAGCAUUUUGUCGCCGAGAAAAGAAAUAUUGCUCCAACUUCUCUCCGACGAGGAAAAGCUGUUGCAAUUCUUUAGCUCAAAAGACGUACCGUCGGUUUUUGUGCUCUUUUUUCUCUCUCACGGAGACAGAGAUGGAAAAAUUUGGACGGACCACAGGAGUGAAAAUAAUCAGCUUGGUUUUAUUCACUUCAACACAGAGGACGUUUUUAGAUCUUUAAAGAACCUGACCAAAUUUGAGAAGUGCCUUAAAUUUACGGUCUUUGGCCCGUGUCGAGGGAAACUGGAAGAUGAAAUUUUCAGUCCUAGCAAAGACAUUUCCAACUACGACAACCGGAAUUCUUGCAGGAUCACGUCCUCCCCAGCCAUGAACAAUUUAUUCAUUUUCUACUCAACUGUUGAAACAACAAUGGCUGUUCGAAGUGAAAAAGGAUCGUGGAUAACUAAUUCAUUUUGCAACGUCCUAAACUCUAUUGGCGAUGACAAACCCCUGCUGGUUGUUCUUUCGAUGAUGCAGUUUCAAAUUCACAAAGUGUCGCAAGGCUGCAACCUUGUGACGCAAAAGUACCAAGGCCAGACCCCUGAAAUAAAAAUGUUCGCGCAAAACCAGACCUUCACCGUCGCAAAGUGAGUGUUAAUUUGUUGA